AUGCAUUUAUCUGAGUAUGAAAUAAGAAGAUUAGAGAAUAUUGCGUCGAACCAAAAGAUGCUUAUAGAUUUAGGCCUUGAUAAGCCUCCGCCGGUUGUCUUCGCUGUUUCCUCGACAGUUAAUAAUAAAAGUCAGAAACGUAAACCGUCAGCCGUUACAGCUCAACCGCGGUGUGUUGUACGCAAGACUGCGGCUAAUGAGCGUCUUGGUUUGAGAAGAUCGCAAAGAAUUUCGAGUAUGUCUAAUCCAAAAUUUUUAAGAGAGCUAAAAGACGAAGAGGAUUACUUCGAUGAUGAUGAGUCAACAUACAAAAGAAAAAUUGAUCCUAAAGAUCGUAAUCCACAAAUUUUUGGUCACAUCCCAGGUAUCGAAGUCGGUACCACAUGGGAAAUGAGAAUACACUGUAGCCAAGACGGUGUUCAUGCGCCCACAGUUGCUGGAAUCAGCGGUAAUCAACAAGAAGGUGCGUACAGUAUUGCGUUAUCUGGGGGUUAUGAAGAUGACGUCGAUUGGGGCGAGGGUUUCACGUACACAGGAAGUGGUGGUCGUGAUUUGAAAGGAACUCGGUCAAAUCCGAAAAAUCUACGAACAGCCAAACAAUCUAAAGAUCAGACGUUGGAAGGUAAAAAUCUUGCACUUAAAGUUUCUUGCGACACUGGAAGACCUGUUAGAGUUAUUCGUGGGUACAAGUUAAAUUCGCCAUAUGCUCCUGUAUCCGGGUAUCGCUACGAUGGCUUGUAUCGUGUGGACAAGUGCUGGCAGGAUAGAGGAUUGAGCGGAUUUCAGGUUAUUAAGUUUGCGUUUGUGAGAUUGCCGGGGCAACCUCCUAUUGAGGCCCGAAUUAAUUAUGAUAUCGAGGAACGUGAUCCUGUUCCAGAUGAUGAUGAGAUGGAGGAAAGCGAUAAUAAAGAUUAA